AUGGCGAAGCUUGAGUCGCUGUUUCUUCAGCCAGGAUGGGCGAUAUGGCCAGACACCUUGUCGGGGGAGUUCGAGCGGCAGUUGUCCAUGAAGGCCCGCAUCUCGUGCGAGAUUUGCAAACAUGCGGACAUGAACCGAGCCAUUGAAGGCUUGGGCGGAAUGAUAUUCGAGCGGUGCUGGUUGAAGUCUGGCGGCAGAUGCGACCCCUCGGGCUGGUGGAAGACCAUAUCCAGCCGUCGCGGGCGCCCGUCAACCGAGAUUGCCCACAGAGAGAGCUACGCCGAGCAGCUUCGGAAGGACGAUUCCACGCCUCCAGCUGGGCACGCGCAGGCAUCCGAGGAGAUUGUCACGAUUGACCAGGCCACAGAUUUCGCCAUGGUUGAAGGUGCCACUGGUCAGCGCGCUCGCGGCGAGAGGCAGACCACGCGCCGUGCCAAGCUUGGCGCCACCGCCUUCGGCGGGGGCAUGGUCUGCCUCCUCCUGUACAUCCUCGGCGUUGAGCUGCAGCAGCUGAUGGAGAUGCUGGGCGGCGUGCUGGACUCGAUGGGGCCAGGGCACAGCGGCCCCGGCUGGCGGAAAGAGGCACCCAGGCGCCAGCCCGCCUUCGACGGCCGCCUUCAAGGGUUGUCAGGGAAGCGCAGGGCAGCGCGGCGUCGCCACGUCCGCGGUCCGCGCCCUGCGUAGCGGCCCUUGCUCCGAGUGUGCUUUUGCUGCGAGCCCAAGGAAGCGGGGCCGCGGUGGCGAAUGUCUGGGAUUCUCCGCGGGGUGAUCAGAAUCUCAGGAGGGACGCGAGUUGUUGCGUCGACUUCGGAGGCCUGCGCGGCCGGCAGGCGCGGCGUAGGUGACGGUGUGUGCGACCUCAUCUUUGCCAGCAGUUGUCUAACGCCCCUUCUCCUCCCCCAUGGCGUUCGUUUGCGGGCUCGUCGUCGACCAACCUGCGGCGACGUGCCGUGGUCGCGCACGCUCUCGUGGAGCAGGUCAUCCCUCUGUUCGCCUACGCC